UCGCUAAAAACACGCACGCGCUCUGAGCUGCUGAAGCCUGAAAUUUAGCGACUCUCUCUCCUCUCUCUUAAAACGAUAAGCUCUUUCUCAGCUGAAGAAAUUUUGGUUCUCCGAUCAGAGACCUCCGCCGCGUCCUCUCUCUCACUCUCUUCCUCCCAGAGAGGAAGCAUAAAGGGGACAAGUUCAGGAAAUUGAAGGGAAGGUGAUUUGGGGACAUUUUUGGCACGAGAAUAUAAAUCGGUAACGAUGCCUGCCCAGAAGAUCGAAACGGGUCACCAGGACACUGUCCACGAUGUAGCCAUGGAUUACUAUGGAAAGCGUCUAGCAACAGCUUCGUCUGAUGCCACCAUUAAGAUAAUUGGUGUCGGAAACGCUUCACAGCACCUUGCUACAUUGUCAGCUCAUAGAGGCCCUGUCUGGGAGGUAGCUUGGGCGCAUCCCAAGUUUGGGUCGAUUCUUGCUUCUUGUUCAUAUGAUGGGCAGGUGAUCAUUUGGAAGGAGGGAAAUCCCAAUGAGUGGCAACAGGCUCAUGUUUUUAACGACCACAAGUCAUCGGUAAAUUCCAUUGCUUGGGCACCUCAUGAACUUGGUCUGAGCUUAGCUUGCGGUUCUUCUGAUGGGAAUAUUUCGGUUUUCACUGCCAGGGCCGAUGGUGGUUGGGACACCACUAAGAUAGAUCAAGCCCACCCUGUUGGAGUAACCUCAGUUUCAUGGGCUCCAUCGAUGGCUCCUGGUGCUCUAGUUGGAUCUGGUCUGCUUGAUCCAGUUCAUAAGCUGGCAUCCGGUGGGUGUGAUAAUACUGUGAAGGUGUGGAAGCUGUACAAUGGGAUCUGGAAGAUGGACUGCUUCCCUGCCCUUCAAAUGCACAGCGAUUGGGUGAGAGAUGUAGCAUGGGCACCCAACUUGGGACUUCCAAAGUCCACAAUCGCAAGUGCUUCACAGGACGGAACAGUGGUGAUUUGGACUGUGGCCAAGGAAGGUGAGCAAUGGGAGGGGAAGGUUUUGAAGGAUUUUAAGACCCCGGUCUGGAGGGUGUCGUGGUCUCUAACCGGAAACUUGCUGGCUGUGGCUGGUGGAAAUAACAAUGUAACAUUGUGGAAAGAAUCUGUCGACGGUGAGUGGCAACAAGUAAGCACAGUUGAGCCAUAGGUUUUGUAUUUCCUACUUCCAAUUACUGUCUUUUAAUAUUAUCAUGAACUAGAUUGCUAGCGUCUUAGAAAAGGUUUAUCUUGGUUUUCCAUUACUUUCCCUGUUAGGGGUUUAUUGAAUUGUUUUCGCUUAUUGUGGGAUGAAGAUUCAGAUUUUAUAUUGUAAUCAGUUGGAGUUAGAUCAUAUGUGUUUUCCAUCCUUGUGUAUCUGUUUCUGAUUUAUUUUUUGCUGGUGAAAUGGUAAUAGUCAUAAGUUGCACUUCU